UUCCAAACUCAAUAAAGACAUAAGCAGGGUCUACCAAAGUACCGAAAGCAGGGGAGAAAGGAAACUUCAGGGUGGGAACGGACUGACACUCAAUUGUGGGAUCUCCUUGCAAAUUUACUCUGCCUUUCCUCUGUCUGAGUUUGAAAACCCUGUGAAGUAAUUUGGAGAAAGACCCUCACCAAGACCCUCACACAAGUGAGAUUCUUCUAGUCUUUUCAUAUCCAUUUCCCUAUCUAGUUUCACAAUGGAGCUGGCAUAAGCAUCCCAGCGGGAACAGGCCCACUUUGAGGGGACUCUGGAGACCCUUGUACCCACUGCCCCUCGUCCCCUGUACUUCCUAGGCAUUUCAUCCCAGGGCACAGAGAAGGAAACCAAAACCGCAAUGGGCGAGUGAGGGGUAUCUGCUGAUGGGCCCUCUGGACAGCACUCUGCCCCCUUGCAGGAAGAAACAGAAAGAGGGAGGAGGUAAGGCAGAGAAUAAAUAAUCCUGACCAGGGAGGUCCAAGGGAGGAGGCGGAGACAGAGGGGCUGGACUUCAGUGCAGCCUGCCAGGCGUCUUCAGGAGGAAGACUGGAUCAAAGGGGGCACACGUUCCUUCAGUGCAGUUGAGCUUCUACCUGCCUGGCACGGGUCACAACUCAGCUUCUUCAUCAUGAUGGGUUCCAAUGGCAGCGAAUCUAGUGCCACAUAUUUCAUCCUAAUAGGCCUUCCAGGCUUGGAAGAGGCUCAGUUCUGGUUGGCAUUCCCAUUGUGCUCCCUCUACCUUAUUGCUGUGCUAGGUAACUUGAUGAUCAUCUACAUUGUAUGGACCGAGCAUAGCCUACACGAACCCAUGUAUAUCUUUCUUUGCAUGCUUUCAGGACUUGAUAUCCUCAUCUCUACCUCAUCCAUGCCCAAAAUGAUGGCCAUCUUCUGGUUCAAUUCUACUACCAUCCAGUUUGAUGCUUGUCUGCUACAAAUGUUUGCUAUUCACUCCUUAUCUGGUAUGGAGUCCACAGUGCUGCUGGCCAUGGCCUUUGACCGCUAUAUGGCCAUCUGUCACCCACUGCGCCAUGCCACUGUGCUCACAUUGCCUCGUGUCACCAAGAUUGGCAUGGCGGCUGUGGUGCGAGGGGCUGCACUGAUGGCACCCCUGCCUGUCUUCAUCAAGCAGCUGCCCUUCUGCCGCUCCAAUAUCCUUUCCCAUUCCUACUGCCUACACCAAGAUGUCAUGAAGCUGGCCUGUGCUGACAUCAAGGUCAAUGUUAUCUAUGGCCUCAUUGUCAUCAUCUCUGCCAUUGGCCUGGACUCACUUCUGAUUUCCUUCUCCUAUCUGCUCAUCCUUAAGACUGUGCUGGGUUUGACACGUGAAGCCCAGGCCAAGGCAUUUGGUACUUGUGUCUCUCACGUGUGUGCUGUAUUUAUUUUCUAUGUACCUUUCAUUGGAUUGUCAAUGGUGCACCGUUUUAGCAAGCGGCGUGACUCUCUCCUGCCUGUCAUCAUGGCCAACAUCUAUCUGCUGGUUCCUCCUGUGCUCAACCCCAUUGUCUACGGAGUGAAGACAAAGGAGAUCCGGCAGCGCAUUCUUCGUCUUUUCCACCUGACCACACAUACUUCAAAUUCCUAGAUGUCAGUAAACAAACUUCUUUUCCAUUCAAAGUCCUUGGAUUCAGAUUUGAAUGCCAACAUUUUGGAAGACAGUGUUAAGAAAAAACAUUU